CAAUAUCAAACUCAUAUAUGAUUUAAAGGUGGCCCUUCUACCGUAUCUACCGGCAUUAGAUACGGCCAGAUGCGCGAGGAUCGCGCACGAAAGCGCAAGAACAGUGACUGCGACCCGGCGUCGAUGUCAGUAUCUGUUGUGGCACCUCCCCCUUUUGCCUUGUCACAGCAACACGUGCUUGUGGGGCCAGAAUCAUCAAAUACGCAAGCGGACGAGCCUCGUGCUCUCAAAAGGAAGCAAGAUGAAUUAGUACAAGAGUCAACGGGUAUGUCAACGGCUGCUGCAAAGCCUUCAGCACUGGCAGCAAAACUGACGAAUAAGUUCAUUCCUGUGCAACAGAAGCCUACGCGAACAAAACCAAAUGGAGAGGGGGAAUAUCAGUUGAUAAAGAACGAGGUCCUUGUAUCACCAUAUGGCAACCAGUAUGAGGUGCUGGAGUUUCUUGGGAAAGGAACUUUUGGACAGGUAGUGAAGGCUUGGAAGAAGGGUACUAGCGAGAUCGUUGCGAUAAAAAUUCUCAAAAAACAUCCGAGCUAUGCUAGGCAAGGGCAGAUUGAGGUUUCAAUUCUGUCACGGCUCAGCAACGAAAACGCCGAAGAGUUCAAUUUUGUGCGCGCAUUCGAGUGCUUUCAGCACAAGCAUCACACCUGCCUCGUUUUCGAAAUGCUUGAACAGAACCUCUAUGAUUUUCUCAAGCAGAACAAAUUCACACCGUUACCUCUUAACAGUAUUCGUCCAAUAGUUCAGCAGGUACUAACUGCUCUCCUCAAACUAAAGUCCCUUGGCUUGAUUCACGCUGAUCUCAAACCCGAAAAUAUCAUGUUGGUUGACCCGACUAACCAGCCAUUCCGAGUAAAGGUAAUUGAUUUUGGAUCCGCCAGUCAUAGAAGUAAAGCAGUAACCAACACAUAUCUUCAGAGCAGAUACUACAGGGCGCCGGAAAUUAUUCUGGGUUUACCAUUCCGCGAAGCGAUUGACAUGUGGUCGCUUGGAUGCGUAAUUGCUGAGCUCUUUCUUGGAUGGCCUUUAUAUCCUGGAAGCAGCGAAUACGACCAAAUAAGGUUUAUUGUUCAAACACAAGGUCUACCUCCAACUGAAAUGCUUGAGAAAGCAGCAAAAUUGCAUCGUUUCUUCAAGGAAAUGAAGGCUGACAUGUCUGGUCCUGUUCAACCCACAUACUAUCGAAUGAAAACUGUCGAGGAGUAUGAGGCGUCUGGAGUACAUGUGAAAUCCAAGGAGACGAGGAAAUACAUAUUUUCCUUCUUGGACGACAUCAGCCGAGUGUGUUAUGGAUUCGAAUCAGAUCCUAUCGAGCAAAUCUGCGAUCGGCUCGAUCGCCAGGAAUUUGUCGAAAUUCUCAAGAAAAUGCUGGUGUUGAAUCAAGACUUCCGCCUUACUCCUUUGGAAGGUCUCGAACACAAAUUCGUCACCAUGGCUCAUCUUCAUGCUUACGCCAACACUAACUAUUUUCGUACCGGUAUGAAACGAAUGGAAGUGUGCGUGCGACGGCCUACAGCAGUUGUAAACUCAUCUUCGCAGCUUUUUCGUGGAGCAGCUCCAGCCACCCCAAUUGCGCAGAGUUUGCCCGCGGCGCUCCCAGCGGCUCAGCAACUUGCUCCAGCGGCGCAGCCCGAUCCUCUGAGUCACGUACUUCACCAGUAUCAGACGGUAGCAGCAGCUGCAAACCCCUCAGCAGCUGCGGCUACACAGUACUUCUACCAACCUUUAGCUACGCUGUUACCUUAUGGUCUUCCUGGAGGAUCAACAGCGUUCGCGGCAAGUUCGCGUCAACCGCAGUAUGUAUCGUUUGCACCGGCAGCGCAAUCGCUUGUGCCUCAGUUUGUUCCUGUCUCGAUCAUGGAUCCGACAGUUCUUGCAGCUCAAGCACAAGUACAGUGGCAAGGCGCUGCCGCAGCGACUGGUUCACAAUUGAUAUGGCCUGCUCCGACGAUCUUCCCACCAGCCACCGAGCUGUUCAUGCCAUCUCUACAGGCUAUGGCUGGACAACGAGCUGCCACGCAGUUCAAUCAGGUAUUUGCACCUCAGCCUCCCCAAAAAGGAUUCACCAUGCCGACCGCUGCACUUUCCCAGCCGCAGCUCGCUGCCGCGCAGAUGGCCACUGCUUUUGUAGACGAAGCUGCAUGGGCUCAGCCAAACGUUGCUGGCCUAACCGCUCAAAUGGCUGCUGCUCAUCGUAUUCCGAUGCGAACGGACCAUACCAAAUGCGGUGUAUCCGAAGCGACGAUCGCACGACGAGCAGCAGCAAAAGCAAAAGGAGUGGUACCAUCACCAGCUGUUUCCGUGAUAACGAUUAGCUCUAGCGAAGAAGAUGAACAAAAUGGGAACAGUGUUGCAUCCGAAGCUGGGAGUUCGACGGCAAUACGUCGUCCAACAGCGAAAUGUGCAGUAGUUCGCCCGAUGGUCGAAGUGAAAAGGGAGGCCCCAGAUCACCGGGAAUAUUUGGAAUCAGUAGUUUGUAUAGUGAAUGAUCGUCAUUGUUUGUUUGACUCCUCAUGGCAUUCAAACAGUGCUUUUCCAAUGGGUUAACGUGAUCGGACUUCACUAAUUGUUUUAUUUUCAUCGGAUGUGUUGUACAAAAAUAAGCACAUCAUUGUAUAUUAUACUCAACAUUAUAUAGUUUUCUUGCGUGGUCCUCGUUCACUGUAAAAAAAACAUGCCCUUUCUCAAUCGUACUAAUAUUUUUUCUAUUAUGAAGGGUUGUCAUUCUGUUACUGUUUAUUCCUCUCAUUGACUGUGUAAAGUGACUCUUUCCUUUCAAUUCUUCAAUGUUAUCAUUUUUGUAUGUCGUCUUUAAUUUUCUUUUGCUCGCAUCAUUAUAAGGUCUUUUGAGAUCCAUUCGAUUGUAUUAAUAUUUUGGUUUCGCAAACUUAUAGAUUCUCAACGUCUUAUUAGCUUGUCGUGUUUCAAUUGUUCCUUUUGAAGGUGUCAUCUGUGUUACCCCUUAAAGUCAUAUUUUCCAUAGGCACUCGUAUCAAAUUACGAGUUAUAAUGUUAAAAGUAUAUAAAAUGGGUGGUAAAUCGUGUUCUAGGCGAUUUAGUUUUCCUUUAUUAUUAUUGUCUCUUCACAGUCGCGUCAUUCUUCUCUCCAUUUGAAUUUCUACUACUUCUUGUCACGUGUAUUCGUUUUUUUUUCUCUUGUUUUCAAAGACGGAAGCUUAAUAGAUAUAUGUAUCGUUAGCCAUUGCUUUACUCCAUGGUCUAGCAGAUUUUAUCGUGGUAGAUCUGGGUAUGAUUAUGUGUAUUCCUACAUCACAAUGUUAUGCUGUGUUGAACAGACUUAGUGGUGGUGAUUUCAAGUAAUAAAUGUUGUUGCCCAC